CCGAUCUCUGCGUGUUCCGGUUCUUUGUCAUCAAUGGGUCGCCGGGCGAGUCCAUUUCUAGUGCCACUCAAAUACAUUUUACGCAAUAUUUAAGCUAAUUUGUGAUUUCAUACUGUGCUCAGUUGAAUCCUUGGACCAUCUUUUCGAUAAUCGAUAGCAUACAGCGGUCCCGCGGGCAGAAUCGAGAAGUGUUUGGCGUUAGGCCCUUUCGGUAUUAAUGAGCCGUACCCACUUCAGCUGACUGCGUUGUACGCAAGGCUACUCCAACCAAACUAGUAGUAGACCGGCGUUCGAGGGAGGCGGUCGGGUGCUCGCUCACGUAGUGAUAUGCGGAUGUCAUUAAUUACAAUGGUUUUAGAACGUUUUCCAUAGGCGUGAAACGGUUUUUAGAAUCAGCAAGCAAUAGUUUGUGAAGCGCAUCGUGACGGGCGGGCGCAUCAACAAGCGAGAGGGCGCAGUGUAGUGAGUGCCGUGGACGGUCUGAGGAGCUGAGGCUCAAUAAUGCUCAAAUUCUUGACCCACAAGCUACGAACGCAUUCGUUGAAUGAGGAGAACGUUUCCGAGAAGGUGGAGGAGCGGGACUCCGGCACCGAGUCGGACGACGAGGCCGAGCGCGCCGACUCCGGUGACUACUGUGCUGACGUCAUCAUGAAGUGGAACGACGUCACUGACAUCAGCAUGGGCGGAGAAGCGUGCGCGUGCGCUCCUGUUCCACCUCGGCCACUCGCUGCGCCCGAACCGGACCAGCUAUAUGACCAUCACUCCUCAGAAGAAGAAUUAGAGGUGAUCAACGGUGGGCCGAGCGGUGACAGCGGCGUGGCGGGUGGGGCGACGCGUGCUGAGACGCGGCGGCGUGGUGCCUCUUCGCCGGCACGUGCAGCGCCAGAGAAGCGCCGCUGGCCAGCGCACCCUUAUGACGAGGACACGCCCUCGCGGGCGCCGUCAGACGACGACGACGACACUAAGGUGGAGACGCCUGUGCGAUUUCGCACGUCGCCGCCUCUAGAGGCGCUGAAACCGCGGCGUGAACCGUGUGCGUGUGCGCCGCGAUCACCCCGCCGUCGUCGAGCUCCGCUACCGCCACCGCCGCGUAGACACAGACCCGCGCUUGACUUUGAUAAAAUGCAACAGUUAAAAGUGGGCGGUGGUGGCGUGCGAUCAUGGCGCGCGGUUGGUGGCGCGCACGGCGGAGAACUCUCCGUCUUCUGUUGGUGAGCCGCGCGUGUCCCCGCACUCGAGCACACUGCUGAAAUUGUGAGUCGCUCGCAAUCAGUACAGUUUCCCAAGGAUCGUACCAAACCCCUACUGGGCCCGCCGUGACGCGUCGCGCCGGCGGCCGGACACAGGAUUCCGCCCGUUUCGUGCGAAACAUCGCCCGCCUCUAUUUAGUCUAUACUUAUCCGUUAGCGCAAUAAACUAUAUGUCGUAUACACAGUGUUAGUAAGCGACGUUCGCACGAAACAAUGCGACCGUCGCGUGCGCCGGACGACUGCUGACUAUUCGACUUUCAUAUCAUUGUAUCGAAUCGAGAUCGCUCCAGUGUUAGUUCCUCUACACUCAAAUAAUGAUCAAAGUACAAACUUACUGAUAGAUGUUAGUCGAGCGCCGGGUCGACCCGCCGACACUACGUAGUUUUUGGAAGUAUUUACUCAUUUUGAAUACUGUGUUUAAACUGUUAUAGUAUAUCGGGAUGUGUGUAUCGCUCGUCAAACUUCCAAUUAUGACGGAAACUGUGACAGUUUCGGUGAUACCUGUAAGCGGUGGAUUUUGUACGGAGCCAUUGUUAGUUACAUAACGAGUAAUUUAAAUUAGACAUGACGGAUGGUAUGUUAUAAUCGGUGGUCCAAGCGGGGAGCGGUGAGCCCCGGGCGGGGCGCAGAGCCCCACGCGAGGUGCGCCAGGCCCCAAGCAUGGACGCGGUCACGCGAGGCUUCAAAUGCCUCGCUAUUUGAUCUCGAAUUGCGACUGAUACGCUGGCUGUUUGUGUUAAAACCUCACCUCUUGUAUUUCUCUCCUUUCAUUUAACACAAAAUCUCGAGCCAUGCGACGUGAUUUCUUUAUACAUUAUCGAAAUGUUUUAACAGUUUUGUCGAUUGAUACGAACCCGCCGCGCCCUUUGUGCAAUAUGGCGUUCUCUAUACAUAGUAUUUUUUACAGUCGUUUCGAUUCCCGCUUUUUAAAAAGGUUUUGUAUGUUUUGGGAAAGGGAAACGCGAUGCGAGUGCUCGGGUCGGACGGGGAACGGGGGUGGGGACGGAAUGGCGCGCGUGGUUCGUUCAAGUAUCAAGAUUAUCGGUUGUACCUAGUUGUAACUUAUGUUAGUUUAUUUAGCAGGGCUAAAAAAUCUGUUAACUCUUUGUUGUGUUAUACCUAAACCAAAACUAAAACGUUAUAAAAUAAGAAAAAAAAUGUGGUGCGAGUGAAUUCAGUGAAUUUAAUGAUAAAGACAUUUAACAAAUUUUCAAAUUAAUACGAUAAAAGUACUAAGACUUUUUUUUAAAUCGCUUGGAUAAAGAUUGUAUGUACAUAGUGUUAAGUGUAGGGUAAGUGCAGUCUUAGAUGUAGUAGGUAUAACAAAUUGUAUGGCGGAGGCGGCUCAUUUGUUAAUUUUCUUAAUAUUGUGUUAUAAUUUCUCGCUACGACCGACGUCACACUGACGCCUGCGCUCGCGUCGCUCGAGCCUCUGUCCCUGAGCAUCGCUCGAUUAUUUUUAUGCAAGUAUUCAAGCAGGGGCUUAAAGCGACGCAGCGUUCAACAAUCACUGGUGAUAUUUUACAAGAUAAUUUAUAUUUUGUUUUUAUAUAUUGAAUUAACAAGCGUAAUAAAGAGUGAGCAAUGGCACAUCUUCA